UUGAAUAACAAGAAAAUAAGAUUUAUUGUUGGAUUUAAAUUUAAAAAACGAAAUUAUCUUAACCCACUAAAUCAGUAAACAGAAUUUUGACCCAAUCAAUCCACUAAAUCAGUAAACAGAUUUUUGACCCAAUCAACCCACUAAAUCAGCAAUUUUGAAUCAAUAUUCAACAUUCCUCCUUGAUUCAAAGUUGCAAAACUUCAACUUUGUAUGGAGCACUUCUCUCCAAAUUUCUUCCCAAUUGUAAAGCACUUCUCUUCACUUCUUGAUGCACUUCUCAUCACAAUCAAUACUUUGAUGCACUUCUCAUCACAAUCAGCUCCGAUUAAUUCUGCCAAUGUAAUUUGGCUAAUAUCCCUUGAAUCUUCAAGGGAGGAGAUUUUUGCCUCAAACCUCUCAGGCAGUUCAGCUGACGAUACACCAAGUUCGAGUGCUCACCCCUCUCCUACUGUCAAUCUUACUUGUGAGUACGCCCAUACCAUCCAGACCAGUUUGCCAGCAAGAAAACCAACAGCCUCCGGUCGCCCAUUCCACCACAGCAGGUUUAAGCCCUCGACCCUCUCCCGCCAUCUCAACCUUAGUCGUGAAUACGCCACUUUUACCCAGCCACAUUCAUAUGGUGAGACACGGUCCGAUAUUCACCACAAUGAACCAUCUUACGAAGAUCCAGAACCAUGGCAAGGGAAGGAGACCCUUGUGGAACAAAGCCUUUCAGCUCAGAUCCUUAACCCAAGCCGAGAGUGUGUCCAAGAAGCACUUCAGCAUACUCGGCCUAACACCCUUACCCGCCUUGUCUCUGCUUGCUUUGACCACAGCGAGAAGAUAUUCCAUUUAUGCCUCAUCCUCUGUGAUAGCAUCCGGUGUUCCCGCUCUAGGGUCCGCCAUGCUACUUCUUGUUCCACUUUUUGUUUGAUUGGUACCGUUGUUGCUGUCGCAAUAUCCGCUAUAGCUAUAGCUUCCCAUGCUCUCAUUGCUCUAGUUGCAGGUCCAUUACUCCCUGCAUUCCUUCCUUCAAAGAUCACUAAGAAGGAGCUGGCCCAUCUGUCACAGCUUGAUGCUGCAGCUAGUUGAACGAUUAUAUGCUGCCAUUGAGGUGACAAGCUUCUCAUUCGCCUAGGAUUGGACAGAGGCAGGGACAGGCAUCCUAUCCAUGAGGUUGCAAAGCAACUUAAAAAGAACCACUAUAAUUUUCUCGGCCAGCUUAUGGAUCUUGAGGAACAUUUAUGCCUCUGUUUGUCUGCUAUAAAUAGGGCUAGAUCUCUCCUCCUCCAGGAGAUAUAUCUUCAUCGGGCUCAUUACCCGUGGUAA